AGUCUGAGUUGCGCCGCGAUAUGAGAAUGUUAUACAUUUUCUAUCCAAUUGUCGCGACUUCACUUUUCAUUCAGAAAAACCACUGUAAAAACUGACCUUUUAACCAAAUUUUCCAACAAAAUCCUCCCCCGCAAAAUGUUGUCCAACAUCAAGCAAAUUCUAGCGUACUGAAAAGUUGUGCUUACGAGAUGAUUUUCUCAAUGAAAAUCCCACAAAUGUGUGUGUAAAGUUUGCGGAAAAGCAUAGGAAAAUAGUGUCAAGAACGUUCUUUUAGCACAAAAACAUCAUAAUGUUACUCUAUGUGGUUACUGAUAAUCUUUCUAUCGCCAGUUAUAAUUUUUAUUGAUUGUGCGUGUCUCGUUCCAUAAAUUAGCAAUGGAUCUUCAACACUCUGUGCCUCAAUAAUUCAAUAAAGAAAAAUAUAGUGAAGCAUGCAUGUGAUUCACCGACCUCUGAUACUUUAAGAAGUUUUUUUUAAUUCUUAUUUGUUCUUGAAGAGCAAUUUUGUUUAGUCACUGCUGGAGGCACAUUUUUAUACACAACUCUCAACACUCUUAAAGAACUCGUUUGUAAACUUCUGUGAUCAUUAGACAAGAAGCAAAGAAGUCGUGUGAGAACAAAAUAGACAGAAAUUGCAGAACAAGAAGUGAUUCUUUGAUUAUCAGUAAUACAACAAAAAGAAUUCAGAAAUGACUGAAGAAAAUACAAAGAAAAAUAAAACAGGAUCACUAUCCUCACGGAUAUCCAAUGGAAUUGCCGAUUUUUUCUACAGAUUGGGUUUCCUUGUUGCAACAAAUCCCUGGCGUACGAUCAUAUUCAGCUGGUCCACUGUACUCCUCUGCAGCCUGGGCUUUAUCUGUUUCCACACAGAACGUGAUCCCAUGAAGCUGUGGAUUCCCAGAGAAUCCCGCUUUCUGAAGGACACAGAGUGGUUGAUUCAUUCUUUUGAGGAGGGUUUUCGAACGGAAUUGGCACUUGUUACAGCUCCAAAUGUUCUGGAGCCUGAAGUUCUGCUUAAGUUAGCUGAUAUUUAUGAUGCUGUGGCAAAGAUAAACCCAGUAUUGCCCAAUGGAACCCACUUGGGAUGGCAAGAUAUUUGCUUCAAGGUACCUUAUAUUGCUGAAUACACGAGUGAGCCGAAUCGUCAGAAGAGACAAGUAAAUCUCCCGGAUGACGAGGAUGGUCUUGACUUCAACUUUGACGAUGACUUUUUCAACACAGAUAAAGCUCCUGUAACACAGAAUUCAGCUAGGAAAUUCAAUCCUAGCGUCGACCUCUCUCCUCAAAUCUACUGCCCACUGAUAAAUGCCCUUCCUCUGGGAUGCUACCAGCAAAAUCUCCUGGAAUUGUGGAAAUUCGAUCGAGAAAAAAUUGCUAAUCUCACUCGAGAGGAUAUCCUUACGACAGUAAAUACGGUCACAGUAAGCCCCUUCUCUGGACAUUUUACUAAUUUUUCCAGUUUCCUGGGAGGGAUUGAACGAAACAGUUCAGGGCAUAUUGUGAGCGCCAAAGGAAUCAUGAGUCGGUGGUUUUUGUACAUGAACUACCUCACGCUGAAUCCCCAGGAACAGGGCAAUAUGGCCGGAACUGGUGAAUGGGCAUCCAAAGAGACGCUCAUUUGGGAGGAAGAAUUUCUUCAUGUACUCAACAAACUGGACAAAAAUCUCACUUCUGAUAACUUUUCUGUAUUUUACAUGACCGAGAAGAGCUUUGGAGAUAUCAGCGGUGCUUCAAUGUUCCAAGAUAUCGAUAAGCUUAUGAUAGGAAUGAUCAUAGUCUUUAUUUAUAUGCAGAGCGUCCUGUCUAAAUUCAGCUGGAUUGAAUUGAGACUGAUGCUAGGGAGUAUGGGCCUCUUAACAGUUGGAAUGGCAUUUAUCUCAGGCUGUGCAAUUUGUUCCCUCUUGGGUGUCUCUUAUGGCCCUGUUCAUACAUCCCUGCCAUUCUUGCUUCUCGGCCUCGGCGUGGAUGAUAUGUUUGUGAUGAUGGCAUGCUGGAGGAAAGUUCAAAAUGCUGAAAAUGCCAAGGAUUUGACUCUCCCAGAUCGACUGGGAUUGAUGUUGAGGCAUGCCGGGGCCUCAAUUACCGUUACAUCCCUCACAGAUAUUGUUGCCUUCCUCGUAGGCUCCACGACUGUUCUCCCGUCCCUGCAAUCCUUCUGUAUCUACGCUUCUGUGGGUAUCCUCAUGACAUAUCUCUAUGCUGUGACCUUCUUCGUGGCCAUUUUUACUCUCGAUGAACGUCGAAUUGCUGCCCGUCGAAAUGCCGUUCUUCCCUGCAUUAUCCACUCAGAGGAUAAGGUGAAACUCUGCUGCGACAGGCGCCUCAUGCAAAGCAGUAUCAAAGCCAUCUACUCCCGCUGUAUUCUCACAAAACCCGGAAAGAUUGUAGUUCUAAUGACUGUUAUUGGGAUCACAGGACUCAGUGCAGAGAGCCUUAUGCGUUUGGAACAAAAGUUUGACCCUAUGUGGUUUGUCCCAAGUGAGACUCACUUGGGAAAAUUCAUCCCACAACGAAAUAAAUUGUUCCCGACAAUGGGAUUCGAUGGUGGAAUAUUUAUCGGUCAAGUAAACUACACAGCGGACUUUGGCAAUAUCUUCGAGAUGAGUAAUCGCGUAAAAAAUGAAUCUGACAUCCUCUACAAUGUCAACUCCUGGGUAGAUCACUUCUAUGACUUUGUACGGAUCUACUACGAGAAGGAUCUCUUUAGGGACCAUGUGUCGGAUUAUGAAUGGAGGCUGUACCUGUCGAAAUUUCUCUUCAGUCAUGACGGAGGACGAUAUCAGGCCAAUUUCCGAUUUGAGAAGAAAUUGGAGUGUGGACAAGCGGCACCACGGAUAAAGGUCUCUUCAAUUGACUUCCACUUCCAGAAGUUCUUUCACCGGGAUCAGUAUGUACCAGCGAUGCGUCAAAUCUAUGGAAUUGCAUCUGAAGUAAAUCUAACCACUGGCGAUAAAUUCGCAACGGCCUGGUCCAAGAUGUUCGGCAACUGGAUCACAGACGAGAUAAUCGAUGAAGAAGUAUUGAGAAAUAUCACUCUAGCUCUCGUUUGUGUCAUGAUCUGUACAGCCAUCCUCAUCGUCAACCUCCAGAUUUGCUUCUGGAUCUUCAUCUGCGUCCUCCUAACCCUCAUCAAUGUUUGCGGAUUUAUGCAACGCUGGGGUCUAACUAUAGAUCUCGUUAGCUGCAUUGGACUCCAACUAGCUGUUGGCCUCUGUGUGGACUAUGCUGCUCACAUCGGCCACAGUUUUCUCACAGUUACCGGAUCUCGUAAUCAACGAGCUCUCAAUUGUCUCAUGCACAUCGGAGAGGCUGUUCUCUACGGCGGAGGUUCAACUUUAUUAGCACUAUCCCUCCUGUCCACAUCAAAAGCCUACAUCUUCAAAUCCUUCUUCAAGAUCUUCCUCCUUGUCAUCUUAUUCGGUCUCUUUCACGGUAUUGUGUUCCUUCCUGUGGUCCUCAGUAUUGUCGGUCCAGCCCCCUACGUUCAACCCCAACGCCCUCAAGUUAUCGCCAAUGGCAAUUGUCCCGGGGAGGAGAUGCACUCAAUGAUCAAGAAAGAUCACCGAGAACCUCCGGACGAAAAUGCACAACUCAGUACACAAGACUAAGCGCGUUUUAAGGACACUUAGCAGCACAGGUUUACUAAAUAACAAAGAUAUCUGCGAUAUUAGGGGAAUUUUUUUUAGUGAUAAGAAUGCCUUUUUUUUGUUCAAUAUAUAUGUAUAUAUGUAUAGAAUAAAUUAACUCUGAUGGAUACUUAUGCGAGAGAUACAAAAA